AUGCUUCGCACGCCCGAAACCCUCAGCGACCCGGAUCGCAACCUGGAGGAGUCAACAGGUCCGGCAGAGACUCGAAACGACUCUACCAACCCCGUCGCGACAAACACAGAUUUAGACUACAUAAUAGAAGAGUCGAACGAGCUUCCCGAUCCCUCCCGGAUUGGCGCCAAAGCGUCAUACGGACGUUCCAUGAGUAUUCAUAGCGACCCAAUUCCCAGCCUAGAAGACGAGUCAAUGGGCGAAGCCGGCAUACCAGAAGAUACAGAUCUCGAUUACAUGACCGCAGCAUCAAACAGAAUCUACUCACCCCCACCUCAUAUUGCAGCGCGCUUUUAUCGACCAACAAACAAUCGUCGCAAGUCAUCCGCCGCCUCCUCUCGCCGAAAUUCCAUGUCAUCUGCGCAUUCCCAGCAGUCUCACAUUUCGAACCGCCAUGGGCGUGGGCCACAGAGUAACUAUAUCGCACAAAAUCUCCGCCGUGCAUCAAUCUUAGAGGACCGCAAAGCUAGACUAGCAGAUAGAGCCGCUCAUGCUGAAAAGGUUCGUCUCAGAGCUGCAUUAGCCAAGGCGCAGCCUAGAGGCACAACAAAUACCGAAGAAAGAGCACUGGCAGCGCAGAAGGCUAGAGAUAAGAAUUUAGCAGAGAUUGGAGCUCGUUGUGCCGAGGAGGUCAAGCGCGCCAAGGGUGUCGCUAUGAGCAUGAAAGAGAAAAGAGAGGCCGAAGGAAAGAAACUCAGAAAGGAAAUGGAGGAGAGACUUGCCGAAGCCGACAGAAGACGAGAAGAGAUGUUGAAUAGAGGCAAUAUCAAAAAGGAGAGAGGCAGAUCUAUCAGCCAGCCUAGAAAGAGCUCAUCGCCGAUGCCAAAGAUUGUUGAAUCACUCAGUGAAGCUGCCGCCGCUGUUAGAAUACAGAAGAAGUGGAGAGUUCAUCAACGGUGGAAGGCGCUCAAGGAAUUCUCUGACCUUGGUCUUACUAUUGAUGGAGUUCAAGAUACAUCAUUCGAGAGCGUUGUCGAGCUCUUAGCUGAAGAGAAGGUCCUGGUUGGCACGGCAAAGAUUUUACGGAUAUGUGGUCUGAAAGAGGGCGAAAGUGGCUCUGUCAAUGAGAUGACAGCUGUUCGAACGUUCCUGAGCGCUUUUCUUAUUCUGGGGCAUCCUACCCAGGUCCUUAGCAGUAAGAGCGACAGUAAAGAACAAGAACAGGUGGGAGUAUUGCCAUUGAGAAGAGAUGAUCUUGCUAAUCCUCAAUUGCAGGAUCUAGUGGCAAAGGCUCGGGAUUUACUUAUUUCUUUCGAGAACGUUUUAUCUCUGUUGACAGCCACAAACAAUUAUACUCCCCCCGCGUCGGAGCUUUCUAGCUUGUCGGAGGUGUAUGCUACAUUUUUCAAUGCCUUUAUUGCCUGGAAAGCAAGGGAUUCGAGCACUCUUAUUGACAUGAUGGUCUUGCAAUUUGUGGAGUUGGACUCGAUUUGGCAAACCGUCAAGAAUAGUACAGAAGAAUCUGUCACCGACUCGUAUAGGGAUGGUAUUCGGGAUAAUCAGCUGAAAUUGAUGGUUCGAAUCAAGAAACUUGCCGGCGCCGCACAGGGGAAAAAACUGAUCACAAAUGCUAUCAGAGAGUCAAGAAAGGCUCGCGCUCAAAAGCAACCCACCGGAGACUCGCGACCACGGGCUGCGGAUUCUUCCACGUCGGAAGCAGACACGCUCGAAGCUCUCAAAGUCUCCGAGAGAACAGUGAGCAGCAACCUUCAAACUUUGACACCACCAGCAACCCCGACUAGACACGCAACGAAACCACAGUCAUCACUUGCAGAUGCUCUGCGUACCGAUACUGCGAUUAUGCCUGACAACCGUACUAUCGCGCAUGAGGUAGCCAUCAACCGCGAGUACCGUAUUGCAGACGAUGCUCUUGAAAAGAGAGAUCUUUUCAUGAAGGAUAUAUGCGAUGCGAUGCGUCAAGACAUCGCUCAGGGCAGAGGAAACCCUUGGGUGCUCGCUAUGGCUGAGAACAUCAAGGGUAAACUCCAAGGUCUUCUCAAGCCUGGAAACUCAAUGCAUACUAUGAUUGGCGAGGCCCUCGAUAAUGAUGUAGUUGCACGAGAGUUACAUAAUGGUAACUUUUCUUACGACAACUUUUUCUCCUUUAUGGCGAACAUCAUUCCUAAGCUGUGUGCUCCUUUCCGAGAUGACGAGAUGAAAGUCUUGGUUGGGUCCUUCGAGAACAAACAGCCGGCUGUGGAUGUAGUCGAUCGUUUAAAGAACUUGUUUCACGCGAUCGAUUUGAUGCAGAUUGAUUACGCAAAUUUUAUGCUCCAGACAGCGGCUCCGGAACUCAUGAAGCAUGCCGUAGCUUACGAGACGACACGGUUUAAGGAAACAAUGGAGGAAACCUCCAACAAUCUUACCGCUACCGAGGCAGCUUGGAGGCAUGCUAGAGAGAAGGUCCUCGCUGAGGCAGUUCGACGAGAUCCAGAUCAUGUUCAAUUGUUGAGAGAUCAACCAGGCCCGGAAAAGAUAUAUGCACAAAUGCUUACAGAUGUUUUCACUUCUUUCGACUCAUCAAUCCCCAUCCCAGAAACGCUUUUCAUCGACACGAAGCGUAUCACCAAGACACGUGUCGAGGUUCUUCGUAUCGUCACAGCAGGAGCGAUCUUGCUCCAGUGCAAAAAUCUACUCAAACGGGAUGUCCGGAGCCAGUGGAAGACCGAGGCCACACGCAUCUACUCUGUGCUUGAGAAUUCCAAAGACGCUACCUCAGCAGCUCAGGGCAUCCAAGCUGCUCUGGAAUCAUCACGUAGCAUGCCUGUCGCCACUAAAAACCACAUCCGCGACCUCGUCACCCGGAUUGUAAAUACCUCAGCUGAUAUCGACAUCUUCCCCUCCGCGGAAGGCGUAGAGCCUAAACCAGCAUCCGAACUCAGAGAUCCCGUUAUGCGACUCCUAGCGACUCGGCUAAGAAACCACAUCUUGACACGUCUGGCAGCCAACACGGAGAAAGAGAAAGUUAAGAGCGCGAGCACUGCGAGUGAGAAUCUAGCUACGCUGGGCCUUCCGGAGUUCGUGCAGAGGGUCGGUGCGAUCGUUGAUGAGGUCGGGAGAGUGGGCGUGCUAGAUCGCGAGGCGCAUGGGCUGUGGUAUGAGGAGGUUGCUCAGCAUGUGGAAGGUGCAAUCUCGGCUUGA